AUGCAGUUCAAAUCCUUCAGCUAUCUUUUCUUCCUCACCGUCCUUCCCUCCGCACUUGCACAGAGUUUCGGGGUCUGUACGGCUACCAAUGGUCGUGCUGGAGAGUGUAUAAAAACCUCCAGCUGCAGUGGCCAAGGCGGUGUUUCGGACCCAGCAAAUCUCUGCCCCGGCGACGAUACAAUUCAGGUAAGUUAAUCCACCGGAUUGAUUGCAGGAUAUAAUUAUCACGAUGUAGCUAACACUCAGUAGUGCUGUACAUACGGUACCUGUACAAAUGGCGCCGGUGUAGAUGGCACCUGUCAGCCGACCUCGACUUGCAAGGGUACACCAGACCCAGGGAACCACUGUCCCGGCCCGCAGCACAUCCAAUGCUGCACCGGGGAUGGCCCCAGCCCACCGACCGGGGGUGGUAAUUUGCCCGGUCUCGACGGCACACAAUCCGGCCAUGCGCGCACCAUCAUUGAAGUGGCCCGCGAGCAAGGCGUUGGCAAUCGCGGCUGCCAAGUCUCCAUCGUGACGGCAAUGCAAGAGUCUAGGAUUAGAGUCCUGUCCAACCCUUCGGUCCCCGAGUCAAACAACUACCCCCAUGACGGCGUUGGCAAAGAUCACGAUUCCGUCGGGAUCUUUCAGCAGCGUCCGCAAUUCUGGGGUACUGUAAAGGAUUGUAUGGAUCCUAAAACUAGCGCCGGAAAGUUCUUCGCCGCAUUGAAAAAAGUCAGUGGUUGGGAGGGGAUGGAGAUCGGAAGGGCGGCGCAGAGCGUGCAGAAAUCUGCCUUCCCUGAUGCUUAUAGUAAGCAUAUUCCGCUUGCGAAACGUGUUUGUGAUGCUGCGGGUAUUUGA